UUAUUUUAGGCCAAGUAAAUGAACAACUUUGGUUAUUCAUAUAAUUGUUUUAGAAGAAAUUGCACAUGAUAUCUCUUUGGCUAUUGUUAUUGUUACGCAUAUUCAAAAAGCGCCACAAACGUAUAACAGUACAAACGUGAAGUGGCCAUAAAUGUUUUACUUUUUUCAAAGCGAUUCACGGGGUUAGUGUUUAUACAGCAACAACACGUUUAUCCACUUUGCUCCUUGUUAUUACAUAUUUUUAACGAUUGAAAUACUAUUGUAACGCAAGUGUUUUGUUAUUUUGCAAAUUGUGAGACUGAUAGUUAUUUUCAACAAGUGUAAUUUUGUGUAAUUAAUUCGAGCUGGUUCAUGGAAACAAUGAUUUAGCAUAAUUUGUAAUUAGAUUUUAAAUUGAUAAAAAAAAUUCUGCGAACCGCCGCCGGCUUAUAAAUAAAUACUUGUUCAAGAAAUGUUUCUCUCAGUUUUACUUACAACCGAUCAUAUUUACUUGACUAAGUGAUUGAAUAGCAGCAAAAUGUCAGCUUUGAUUCGCUUGGCGAUUCUGUUUGGUGUUUUAGCAUUAUGCCAAGCGAGAGGUGUACGUUGGAACGAAUGCAAACCAAAUAACAAAGAAUGUAAUCCGACCGCAUGCCAGAAUACCAAAUGUCGUAAUCACCCUCAAGCGACAUGCAUAAACUUCUGCAGAGGUUGCGUUGCACGAUUUUUUAUAACAUACUACUAUUGGACGCGGGAAGUAACAAAUGAUUGCGAACUUCCUACACCUGAUUCCAGAUGUGCAAAUUACGAGGGAUUGUCGCAUUUAAGAGGUGCAUCUUGUCGUGGACGUCGAUAUGGAAGGCCCUGUAAAUCGAAUGAAGAUUGCAAAAGUGGACAAAUUUGCUGCCCUGCGGGUGCCUGCGGAUUGCUAUGCAGGGAUUUACCUGUGGUGGAUCCCGAUUGCCCACAGCUUAAGGGAAAACGAAAGCGACGAGCCCUCGGCACGUACGAAUGCUUUUCAAAUGGCGACUGCGAAGACGGAAUGUGCUGCAAUGGACCAAUAUUACCCUGGACCUUCUGUAUUACCGAGGACUAAAUUUCUGUGUAUUAUUUGAUUUCCAAGUUUUUCUUAAUUGGAAAAAAAUUUGCUGUGGUGUGUACAAAGUUAUGAUAUUGCAAUGAAGUUGUCAUUGUGAUAAGCAUAUGAUUUUUGAGUAUUGGGCAAAUAAUAUAAAUAAACAAAACAAAUAAACAA